GAAACAACUAUUUUUAUUUCCCCCAACACUAUGUUGAGACUUUACUUUUGAACGUUAACGUUCAACGUUCGUGUACACACAAAAUGGCUGAGGGAGGAAAAAAAGAAGGACUUGACGCAAUUGUUGACUCUGUUAAAGCACUUCUUGAUGAUUUUGGUAUGAGCUACAUAAAAGACAUCGCGAAGCUCUGUGAAAGUGAAGAGGCUUUGAAUAACACUGGUAAGCAGGUUGCGCGGAUUGCUCGCAACUGCGAUAUGGAUAGCCUUAAACUGACUGAGUUGGAGAACAAUUUUCAGGACUUAAACUGAUUCUCGAAAUCUUCAAACUGGGAUGGACUCAAAACAAAACAUUCCAGUAUGGCGUGAAACAGCUAAUAAAAAUCGGUUGUAAUAACUUUGGCAACCCGACUGACGAAAAAACUUUGGGUCGAGGAAGUUACGGAGUUGUCUACCUUCGUAAAAACAAGACAACAGGAGACACGUAUGCAGUUAAAGAAUUUACUUGCUUACCGGGCGACACUGAGAUUAGGAGAAGCUUCGAUAAAGAAAUUCAGAUUCUGCAACGAGCAAAUCACAAACGGGUUGUACGAUACCGUGGGUAUCACGAAGAUCACAACAAGCUCUUCAUCUUCAUGGACUACAUGUCAGGGGGAUCUCUAGAUGUCCACCUGAAGAUGAAUGAUUUCCGACUUAGAGGAUAUAAAAUCCGUCUUUACACGAGACAGAUUCUCGAGGGGUUGGCUUAUCUACACGAUAUGGAUCCAAGAAUUCUACACAGAGAUGUGAAAUCAGCAAAUAUCUUGUUAGACGAUCGUGGCGACGUUAAGCUUGCAGACUUCGGUAUAUCGAGAGAAAUGAAAGACAAGACUUCGUCUAUGCCAAGUAUCACCAAAGGAUGUGGAACGUGGCACUACAUGGCACCCGAGGUGUCCAAAGGAGAAAGAUAUGGUCGCUCGAGCGAUAUGUGGAGUUUCGGCUGUGUUGUGGUGGAGCUGUCGACGGGACAUCCCCCUUACCAUGAUAUGGAGGGUCCUCAGGCCACGUUCAAGGUGGCUGAAGAGAAAGCGAUCCACCAGGGCUACUCUCUAAGUGAGCGAGCUCCUGAAGAUCUCCAAAUGCUUCUCCUCAAGAUCUUCCAGUACGACAGAAAGCAGAGGCCGACAGCUCGACAACUGCUGGAAGAAGACUCGUAUGUCAACGAUCUGGCGAAAUAUCACUAGUUGUGGGUCUAUCUGCAGAGUAUAUUUCAAAAUACUCGUUUGGUGUCAGUUAGAAUAUUAUUACUUGUACAUCAUGUGUUUCUGGUAUUCCUAUUGUUUAUAGUACUGUUACAACUAUAUUCAAAUGUGCUUUAUAUAUAUGCUAGCAAUCAGACCAAUUAUUGUGAAACUAAAUUUUAGCAUCAAGAAAACUACGGAUGUUGUAAUGGUGGCCCGCAGCUGAUACCCGGUCUGCCAACAAGCAUAGCUAUUAAUUAUGUCAGUAGUUAGCGAUCACAAUUUAUCAUGUGACAUUGAGAUAAAUUCCCAAGGAACAUGAAGACGUAAUCAUUGGAGCCGGAUCCUAUAAAAAGAGAGACCCAGAGAUGGACCGAGGAGGUGAGAGCUAGGGGCAGACCCUUGGGGUUCUCAGUCGCAGUGUCAACUCUAUCGUUCACCUGAAAGCUUAGACAUAUAUAUUUGAUAUGUACCACCAUGUUGUUAACUGAUUUAAUCAUGUUUUAUGCUUGAAAGUAAAAUACAAGAACCUAUAUCACCAACUUGCGACUUCUGUUCAUUCAUUAACAUUCCUAAGAAAAAUUACGCUGUGUUAGUACAUUAAACAGGAUUUUAGUUUACAUGUACAGAAUUAUUGAAAGCAAAAUCUAGCUUGAGCUCCUAAUUUGAAUUUUUGGGUCUGGUGUUGACCACUUUUGAAAUAUGCCCCGUAUGAAAGUUUUUUGGAAGUCGGGCAAAGGAAGGUGGUUGUGAUGUCGUACAUAGAUGGAGGAAUAAUCUAUCAUGUUGGGGAGCGGUAUAGUCAUUAUAUGAACUAAGAACCUGACAGUUAUUUAAGAGAGCAGCACCUGACAGUUAUUUAAGAAAGUAGCACCUGACAGUUAUUUAAGGGAGCAGUUACAACUUUGUCAAAACUACCCGUUUGACUGUAAGAGAUACGAUUUUAAAUGUGAUAAUCGCUUUGUAAUUUAGAUUUGGUCCAUCUAAAAUUGGCUAUUGCAGCUGGUCUCAAAUACAUUUUAUUGAUUAGUAAUAACAUGUUUUAUUCCUAGAUAUCGAGGGGCGUCCCAGUGGUAAAGCGUUCGCUUGAUGUGCUGUCAGUCUAGGAUCGAUCCCCGUUGG